AGAACCCCUAGUUCUGUACAAGACGAACACGAACAAGAAGACACACCAAGAGUAAAGGCAACAAGCAACAGCAUGCAGGUUUUACGAAGAAACCCACUUAACAGAAUCUCCUCAAGAUUCCUUAAUCAAGUAAUCAAAACCAGUGCAUAUUCUACCAAGAAAAUUUAUGAUGCUGGACAGCCGACUCCUGCCACUCACCCUCAGUUAAUGAAGGAAGGGGAGAUUACUCCUGGCAUUACCAGUGAAGAAUAUAUGCAGAGAAGGAAGAAAUUAUUGGAGUUUCUUCCGGAAAAUAGUUUAGCUAUUGUUUCAGCGGCUCCCACAAAAAUGAUGACUGAUGUUGUACCUUACAAUUUUAGGCAGGAUGCUGACUAUUUAUACAUCACCGGAUGCCAACAACCUGGUGGUAUCGCAGUUCUAGGGCAUGACUGUGGUUUAUGCAUGUUCAUGCCAGAACCAACCCUCCAGGAUGUUCUUUGGCAAGGAGAAGUGGCUGGGGUUGAUGCUGCUUUACAGAUAUUCAAGGCUGACCUUGCUUACCCUAUUAGCAGAUUGCCUGAGAUGCUCUCCAGGAUGAUAGAAACUUCUUCCACUGUGUUCCAUAAUGUGAAGACAAGGAUUUCAUCUUACAUGGAAUUAGAGGCCUACAAAAAAGCAGUCAACAAUUGCAAAGUGAAAGAUUUCUCUGUUUACACUCAUGAAGCCCGAUUGGCGAAGUCUCCUGCAGAGCUUAAAUUGAUGAGAGAUUCUGCAUCAAUAGCCUGCCAGGCGCUUAUCCAGACCAUGUUAUACUCAAAGUUGUUUCCUGAUGAAGGGAUGCUGUCAGCCAAAUUCGAAUAUGAAUGCAGAGUUAGAGGUGCCCAAAGAAUGGCGUUUAACCCUGUCGUUGGUGGCGGACCUAAUGGAAGUGUCAUUCAUUAUUCUCGUAAUGACCAGAAAAUUGAAGAUGGUAACCUUGUCUUGAUGGAUGUUGGAUGCGAGCUCCACGGCUAUGUCAGUGAUCUUACUCGUACUUGGCCACCCUUUGGCAAAUUUUCUCCUGUUCAUGAGGAACUUUAUGAUCUUAUUUUGGAGACAAACAAGGAAUGCGUGGAGAUGUGCAGACCUGGCACAAGCAUCCGAGAAAUACACCACUACUCGGUAGAAAAGCUGCGAAGAGGAUACAAGGAGAUUGGGAUACUAAAAAAUGAUCGGCGUGGGAGAUAUGAAAUGUUAAAUCCUACGAAUAUAGGUCACUUUCUAGGAAUGGACGUUCAUGAUUCUUCUACAAUUGGAUAUGAUCGACCUCUGAAACCUGGUGUAGUCAUCACAAUUGAACCAGGAGUAUACAUCCCUUCGUGCUUUGAUUGUCCAGAAAGGUUCCGAGGCAUUGGGAUUAGGAUCGAAGAUGAAGUCCUUAUUACAGAAUCAGGUUAUGAGGUACUCACUGCUUCCAUACCAAAGGAAAUUAAACACCUUGAGUCCUUGUUGAACAACUUUGGCAGUGGAAGGGGAACAGAGACUAGAGCUGCUCUCAGUUAAUUUUAAAAUCUCCGAGCUUCGACACCAUCAAUCAAAUAACAACUCCGGAAUCCGAGCUUCCAUACCGUAGGCUGUCUACAUCACACCCCUUGGGGUGCGGCCCUUCCCCGAAUCCUACUAACACGGGAUGCUUUGUGCACCGGACUGCCGUUUUAAUCUGAGCGAUUAUCAUGCUUGUCUUCUUCAGAACUUUAUGUGCGCUCCUUGUUCUUUCCAGAGCCUCUACUCUAAUAGCUAGAACGUGUUGAAAUUUGAUGUUUUUAGUGUUGAAUAAUAAUUUAUGUUAUUAGUUAUGAUUUUCUAAUAAGAACAGUUGCAUUGAAUUAUACUCCUAGAGAGUAAGUAGC